UCCCAAAUAUUCUCUUUCUCGCGGUUCCCCCGCAUAGACCUAAGGACAAUCAAGAUGCGCUCAUACCUUCUAGUAGCAGCUGUUAUGCUGUACGGAACCUUUAUGACGGGAGAUGCCGUUCAAGGACCCGCCCCCGCAACGAAAGCUCCCUCCAGUUGUGCAGCGGUGGACGACACCACUUUGUUCGGCGUCGUACAGCGAGUACCGGCGCUCUCGGUACGAGGUGGACAAGUCCACGAACCGGAGAGCUUGGCAGAUGUCGAUGCGCUUGUCCUGAAAGCGGGAUCGGAAGGAAAGCUGGUGGUCAUUGAUUUCUCGGCUACCUGGUGCGGUCCCUGCAAGAUGAUUGCUCCGCUCUUCCAACAGUUAUCGGAAGCGAUUCCCGGGGUGGUCUUUAUCAAAAUUGACGUCGACGAGAACCCCGACACGGCUGCCAAAUAUAACGUGUCGGCCAUGCCAACCUUUGUGUUUCUUAAAAGCGGUGAAGUUAUUGAUCGUCUAAUGGGAGCGAAUCCGGCACGUUUGCAGGAAUUGAUCGAUGAACACCAGUAACUAAUGUAAGGAUAUGGAUGUGUAGCU